UUAUUAUUGUACUUACCUAAAUUAGAAAGGAAUGCGUUGAAGUCCCGAUUGUCAGAUCAGUAAAGAUGGCUUUGGUCAUGUUUAAUCGAAGCUGGAAUCAUCAUCCACCAAACAUAUUCGAAAUAGUUCGGUAAUAUAGAAGAAUACACUGAUCGAUUGAUGAGUCUCUUUGGAUUGCUACAGCAUAUUCCUCGACUUUAUCCGAUGAUUUCCAGGACGGGACCAUAUUUUCAACAGGCAUUUCUCGCAAAAUUGACUCGCCAUAUCUGCAAAUAAGAAUACCGAAAAAGCAGAAAGCCGAAAGAGAAAUUGAUAAUGAGCGAUGUAAAUACAGCACAUCAGUCUCUUGUGGGGUCUUCCUAAACGCGGACGCAGUGAAGCAGCGAUCAUUUAGAUACUUACUCAUACCGUAGUCUGUAGCCACGUCGUCGAUCAGAUUCUACGAAAGCAAUCCAUGAAAAUGCUCUCUGUUACUUGUAUUGCUCCUGUAAAUAUUGCUGUAAUAAAAUAUUGGGGAAAGCGCGAUGAAGACCUGAUUUUACCACUGAAUGACUCCGUUAGUGCGACGCUGUCCACCGAUCACCUUUGUACGAAAACGACAAUCAGCACGUGUGAGAGCUUCACCGAAAAUAAAAUCGUUCUGAAUGGAAAGGAAGAAUCGUUUGAUAACCCUCGGCUGUUGCGUUGUCUCGAAGAAAUUAAAAAGAGAGCAAAGGCAUCCAACAAAUGCAAACCGGAGCUACUGGAAUGGAAAGUGCACGUAAAGACUGAAAAUAAUUUUCCAACGGCUGCCGGUUUAGCCUCCAGCGCUUCUGGAUACGCCUGUCUGGUGUACACCCUGGCCUGUCUGUACGGAAUCGAAAACGAGGAAAUCAGCUCCAUCGCCCGCCAGGGAAGCGGGUCGGCUUGCCGUAGUCUACACUCCGGAUUCGUACAGUGGAAAAAGGGCGAGCGACCGGACGGAACAGACUCAGUAGCCGUUCAGCUGGUGCCACAUGACUUUUGGCCGGAAAUGCGAAUCAUCGUACUGGUGGUAAAUGACGCGCGGAAGAAAACUAGUUCCACUGGUGGAAUGUCGACAAGCGUAAAAACAUCCAAGCUGUUGAAGUAUCGGGCAGAAACGUGCGUUCCCCAGCACACCACGGAUCUAGUGGAGGCUUUGAACAAAAAAGACUUCGAGACCUUCGGCAAGAUCACCAUGCAGGACAGCAAUCAGUUCCACGCGGUCUGCCUAGAUACCUAUCCACCGUGUGUCUACAUGAACGAUGUUUCAUUUGCCGUGGUCAACAUGGUGCAUCAGUUCAACGCCCUGAAGAAGGAAGUACGGGUGGCCUAUACCUUCGAUGCCGGUCCAAACGCUUGUCUUUACCUGCUGGAGAAGGACGUCCCAGAGGUGCUUUCGGUGGUGAACAAAGUGUUCCCGAAUGAUAAACUCGGCGAUCCGGAGUAUAUUAAGGGAAUCGCUGUGGAUUUGACUGAACUGCCAGCGGCAGAUGAAGCAUUUACUGCCAGUGGGAACAAUCUCCUGAAAUAUAUCAUCAACACUAAAGUGGGAGAAGGACCGAAACGCAUAGACUGAAUGCAAUUGUUAGUCUUACUCCAAAUGUCAUAAGUAGAUAGAUACCCAAUCGAAUAAAUGGUGAUGGAUUGUAUUAUUUUCUAAAUUGCAAUAAAGCAAACUAUUAAAAAUA